CAGCCCCGGCAGGUCCGGGCCGGGCGGGUCCUGGCGGCGCUGGGGGCUCGCUCCGUGUUCGGGGGGCUCGGUCCGUGUUCCCGGGGCUCGGUCCGUGUUCCCAGGGCUCGGUCCGUGUUCCCAGGGCUCGCUCCGUGUUCGGGGGGCUGGUCCGUGCUCGGGGGGCUCGGUCCGUGUUCCCAGGGCUCGGUCCGUGUUCCCGGGGCUCGGUCCGUGCUCGGGGGGCUCGGUCCGUGUUCCCGGGGCUCGGUCCGUGUUCCCAGGGCUCGGUCCGUGCUCGGGGGGCUCGGUCCGUGUUCCCGGGGCUCGGUCCGUGCUCGGGGGGCUCGGUCUGUGCUCGGGGCUCGGUCCGUGCUCCCAGGGCUCGGUCCGUGUUCCCAGGGCUCGGUCCGUGUUCCCGGGGCUCGGUCCGUGCUCCAGGGCUCGGUCCGUGCUCCCAGGGCUCGGUCCGUGUUCCCGGGGCUCGGUCCGUGCUCCAGGGCUCGGUCCGUGCUCCAGGGCUCGGUCCGUGCUCGGGGCUCGGUCUGUGCUCGGGGGGCUCGGUCCGUGUUCCCAGGGCUCGGUCCGUGUUCCCGGGGCUCGGUCCGUGCUCCAGGGCUCGGUCCGUGCUCCAGGGCUCGGUCCGUGCUCCAGGGCUCGGUCUGUGCUCGGAGCUCGGUCCGUGUUCCCAGGGCUCGGUCCGUGUUCCCAGGGCUCGCUCCGUGCUCCAGGGCUCGCUCCGUGCUCGAGGGGCUCGGUCCGUGCUCGGGGGGCUCGGUCCGUGUUUCCGGGGCUCCCUCCGUGCUCGGGGGGUUCGGUCCGUGCCCUUGGCCCCCGGGAGGGUUCCCUGGGCUCGGAGCUCUGAAGGCUGCGCUCGCUGGGCAGCGCACCCCGGGCUGAGCCCCGCGCUCCCCCCGGCCAUGCAGAGCACCCCCAACUACCUGUGGAGCACCGAGGACCUGCUGGGCCAGGGGGCCACGGCCUCUGUCUACAAAGCUCGCAACAAGAAAUCGGGGGAGCUGGUUGCCGUGAAGGUCUUUAACAAUGCCAGCUACCUGCGGCCGCAGGAGGUGCAGAUGAGAGAGUUCGAGAUGCUGCGGAAGCUGAAUCACAAAAACAUCGUCAAAUUAUUUGCCGUGGAGGAGACAGGCAGCAGCAAGCAGAAGGUGCUGGUGAUGGAGUAUUGCUCCAGCGGCAGCCUGCUGAGCGUGCUGGAAGACCCAGCCAACGCCUUUGGCCUGGCUGAGUCCGAGUUCCUCAUCGUGCUGCAGUGCGUGGUGGCAGGGAUGAACCACCUGCGAGAGAACGGCGUGGUGCACAGGGACAUCAAACCCGGCAACAUCAUGCGGCUGGUGGGGGAGGACGGGCAGAGCAUCUACAAACUGACGGAUUUCGGGGCCGCACGGGAGCUGGAGGACCAUGAGAAGUUUGUGUCUGUCUAUGGGACAGAGGAGUACCUGCACCCCGACGUGUACGAGCGAGCCGUGCUGCGCAAGCCCCAGCAGAAAGUGUUUGGGGUCACCGUGGACCUCUGGAGCAUCGGGGUCACCUUCUACCACGCUGCCACCGGCAGCCUCCCCUUCCUGCCCUUCGGGGGGCCCCGCAGGAACAAGGAGAUCAUGUACAAAAUCACCACGGAGAAGCCUCCUGGGGCCAUUGCAGGGAUCCAGAGGCAGGAGAACGGGAACAUCGAGUGGAGCUACGAGCUGCCCAUCACCUGCCGCCUCUCUGUGGGGCUGAAGGACCAGCUGAUCCCCAUCUUGGCCAAUAUCCUGGAGGUGGAUCAGGAGAAGUGCUGGGGAUUCGACCAGUUUUUUGCAGGAACCAACGACAUUUUGCACAGGAUGGUGGUGGACGUGUUCUCCCUGCAGCAGGCGUCCUCCCACCGCAUCUACAUCCACUCCUACAACACUACCACCAAGUUUUUAGAUGCCGUCUUCAAACAGACAAAUAUUGUCCCUCACCAUCAAGAAUAUUUCUUUGAAGGACACCUGUACGAGCUGGAUCCCAAUCUACAAGCUCAUAAUUUCUGCAAAACCACAGAGAGCAGCCCCCUGACUUUGCUGAGCACCUCAGAGCAGCCCGAGGACGUGGUGGGGGUCCAGUACAGAGACCCGGCGCUGGAGUUCCCCAAGCUGGUGCCCAGGGUGGAUGUGGUGGCCGAUUGCAGCGCAGCCAAGAGUGCCGUGGGUGCUGCUCACCAGACGCUGCGCCUGGGGCAGAGGCUGCGCAGGGGCCGGGAGCUGCUGGCCAGGGGCCUGCACUGGCUGAUAGGGAACCUGAGGACAGAGUGCUCCAGGAUUCUGGAGCAGAGGAGGGGGGCUCACUCCGUGCUCGCCUGCCUGCAGCUCACCCAGGGCAGGACACACCUGCUGUACGAGGCUGCUCCUGCAGGCAGCAGGGGCCCAGCUGGGGUGGAUGUGCUGAGGACAAGGCUGCAGAGGGUGGAGGAGGAGCUCUCCCAGUGCUCCCACAGCAUCUUCGACUUCCAGGGGGCACUGGAUGGGAUUUUGGCUGAGCUGGUGAAGGACAGGCAGCAAGUGCAUGAAGACAAAAGCAUCCAGCAGAUCGAGUGCUGCCUGCAGAAGAUGCAGGUGAUCUACAAGCAGUUCAAGAAGGCCAGGACGUGUCUGAGGCUGGGCUACAACGAGGAACAAAUCCACAAGCUGGACAAGCUGCAUUUGGGGAACCUGGCCAGGAGGGUUCUGUCCAUUUUCCAGAACGACUGUGUCCAGCAGUACCAGGAGGCCCUGGCCCUGCACAGCAGCAGGAUGAGGAAAGUUUGUGAGAUAAAGAGGCACCUGAAGAGGCUCAGCAACCGCAUCAGCAGCUGCAGUGUGGAGAUGAUGGAGUGCCAGGAGUGCCUGCAGGCUGCUCUGGACAGGCUUCUCCAGCCAGAGAAAUGGGAUUUGGCCCCAGCUCCCCCCGAGCCUCCCCCCGUCCCCCUGGGCCAGGAGAUGGCUCUGAGGAUGCAGGAGCUGCUGGAGCAGUUGAGGUCGGUCUCCUGUGAUCUCCAGCUCAACAACAGCAUCAUCGAGCGGUUGGGUGGGGCUGCUCCCACUCCCCCAGUCUGAGGGACAUGGUGAAGGUGCAGCUGCUGAAGCAAAACCAGUUCCCAGCACAGGGAAUUCACAGUGCCUGGAGCAGCAGAGCCAUCGAUUUCCAUGCCCUGGGAGCUCCCUGUGUGCUCCUACCUCUGAGCUCCAGCCCUUGGCACCUUCACCCCACCAGCCCCCAGUGCCCUGCACCUCUGGGAGUUUGGCCAGAAAAUCGAGUGGGUUUUAUCUUUUUCUUUGUAAAAAUGCUUGAAGGACUUGGUGUUUUUAUGGUUUCUCUGAAUCACUGUGUCAGAUGAGGAAGAAGAAGACGUUUCA